AUGAAAUUAGUACUUAACAAGGCCGGCGCGAAAAGAAAGUCAAAAACGAAGCAAAUACAAAAUAUUAACCGGCAGGUGAAGCGUGAGAAAGGCCAUCUAAAAGUUUCGAUCAAAAGGCAGUGCCGAAGUGAUCGACGUAUUGCUGUGGCUUUCUAUGUCAGGGAGGUUCUAGUCACUGGAAUAGUUAUUGGUCAUGUGUAUUCCUCUUUAGAUGAAACCUCUAGUUCUGAUAUUUUCCCAGUACCUUCUGAAGCGCUAGUCUCAAGCAUUUGCAAAAAAACGAUAAUGCUGAAUCUAGUUCCUCUUCACGAAGCACUGAAAGAUCAGAAACAUCAAUAUCAGGUGAUUCAUAAAGCUAAUCUAUUGAAGGAGUUUCGGACAGCCAGCAUGUGUGGCAUGGACAAAAGUGUAGGUAAGCUUCAAGUAAUCAACUCAUCAGUUAGUACAUCUACACUGACACAUGAUGGUCAUGUGACUGCAAAUCCAAACAACCCUGCUGAAUUUGUGAAUCAUGGAGUACACCUCUGGAACCAAAGCAGAAAGCAGUGGGUAGGACACAAGAAGCUUGUCAACCAACCCCAACAGCUUCGUGAACCUAAAUUAAAUUGGAAUGCUACAUAUGAUAGUUUGUUUGGGAGCAACAAGCCGUUGCCCAUGUCUAUCCCGCUUGCUGAAAUGGUAGAUUUCCUAAUGGAUUUUUGGGAGCUGGAAGGACUGUACGAUUGACAUGUUUGUAAGCAAGGGAUUGUUUUAGUGAUGAAUGAUGAACAGUCAAGUAGUGACAGACACUUAGAUAGGCUGAUGUAAUUUGAUUAGGAGGUUACUGAUGGAGUUUCUGUAAUGAAAUGUAAUUAACUUCUGGCAAAUUCAAAUAUUUUGUACUGAUAAAGGCAUGUUAAGACAUGAAUUAAUUGAUGGUUUAAAGAAAAUAUUUGCAAGUUGAGAUUA